AGGAAGAGCCUCCCUCCUCUCUGUCGUGAACACAGAUGCCUUAUUCUUGGAAGCGACCCAUGCUCCUGUCUGUUCAUGAGGACCCCAUGCCCACCACAGCCUCUUUUGGCAUUGAAAUGUUCAAUGUCACCACACACGUCCUCGGGUCUGCUCUUAACAGGACCCUUUCGGAGGAUGAUGACUGCCCAGACACCGAGUGGUGGAGCUGGCUCAACGCCACCCAGGCCCCCUUCCUCUGGGUCCUCUUCCUGCUGGCUGUGCUGGAGAACACAUUUGUCCUCAGUGUAUUCUGCCUGCAUAAAAACAGCUGCACCGUAGCAGAGAUCUAUCUGGGCAAUCUGGCAGCCACGGACCUCAUCCUAGCCUGUGGAUUGCCCUUUUGGGCCAUCACCAUCGCCAAUAACUUCGACUGGCUGUUUGGAGAGGUGCUGUGUCGUGUGGUGAACACCAUGAUCUACAUGAACCUCUACAACAGCAUCUGCUUCCUGAUGCUUGUGAGUAUCGACCGCUACCUGGCACUGGUGAAGACCAUGUCCAUGGGCCGGAUGCGCGGAGUGCGCUGGGCCAAGAUCUACAGCCUGGUGAUCUGGGGCUGUACGUUGCUUCUGAGUUCACCCAUGCUGGUGUUCAGGACCAUGAGGGACUACCGUGAAGAGGGCUACAACGUCACCGCCUGCGUCAUCGUCUACCCGUCCCGCACCUGGGAGGUGUUCACCAAUGUGCUGCUGAACCUGGUGGGUUUCCUCCUGCCCCUGGGCGUCAUCAGCUUCUGCACCGUGCGGAUCCUGCAGGUGCUGAGGAACAAUGAGAUGAAGAAGUUCAAGGAGAUCCAGACAGAGAGGAAGGCCACUGUGCUGGUGCUGGUUGUCCUGGGCCUUUUCGUGCUGUGCUGGGUGCCUUUCCAGAUCAGUACCUUCCUGGACACGCUACUCCGUCUCGGCGUGCUGUCCGGAUGCUGGGAUGUGCACGCUGUGGAUGUCAUUACACAGAUCAGUUCCUACGUAGCCUACAGCAACAGCUGCCUCAACCCUUUGGUGUAUGUGAUCGUGGGCAAGCGUUUCCGCAAGAAGUCCCGAGAGGUGUACCAGGCACUGUUCAGGAAGGGAGGCUGUAUGGGAGAACCCAUCCAGGUGGAGAACUCCCUGGGGACUCUGAGGACAUCCAUCUCCGUGGAACGCCAGAUCCACAAGCUGCAGGAUUGGGCAGGAAACAGACAGUGAACAGAAGCCACCCGGCAGGACUCCUGCCAAGAUGUGUAAAGACUGGUGGAACCUGGGCUACUCAGCCUGGGUUCAGGAAGGAGCUCGAAGCAU